GUCCGUGUUUCCUUCACCGCUAUUGCUUGUUUUGAGUUUUUCUUUCUUUUUUGAGAACGAAGAUUGCCCUGUGCUUUAUUUCACCCAUCGGCCAUCCAGCAGAUUUGGCGCGCAGAGUAAACCUCGCCUUCUUCCUUUCAAGUGUCAAAUUUUUUGCAGCUUGUUUUUGUGGACGUUUUCUCUCAAGCGCACAUAAGCCUUUCACUUUGCUUUCUUUCUGCGGUUUGUGUUUUCCACCGGUAGUUGACCGCGUUGGUUCCCUCCCCCCUCCUCCUACUUGUCUUGUCCUUUCCAAAUAGAAGUGACGAUCUCCACCAACAGCGACGUUGUCCCUGCGGUGCUUUUCCACGCUGUUGUUUUGUUGUUUGAUCGCUUCGUUUCCUAACGUGUUCGCGCCUUCCUUUUGGGGGUAAAACUCACUCACCUCAUAUUUCGGUUUGCUUUCUUGGUUUCCUUUUGCUGACCGGUUUACCUGGUGUAGUGGAGGUUUUCAUCUCUUUCGCUUCUCCUUGCUGAUUUCUUGUUUGCUUUAUCUCCAAUUGUGUAUAUCGGCACCUUCACGUGAUAUACGCACACCCCCUUCUCCCCAUUCUUGUGCUUUUCUCGCUGCUUCUCCGGCAGCCGCUGACUAGUUGCAACGCAUUCUAUAGAAUUAUACUGACCACUUCUUUUCUAUAUAUCACCUCGUCAACACGUUUCUCCAGGUUUCGUUUCUCCUGUAUCUUCCAAGACUGCUGCUUCCUCAGCGAUCAAAAUAGCCGCCUAAUGUUUGAGAAGUCUUGACUUUUUGCUGUCCUUUUUUUUUUAAUCCUUUCUGUUUCGCAAAUAUACUCUUCUCUGCGGCAACCGCGUGAGUUUUUGUUUGUCUGCGCGCGGUCAUUACGCCCGAUAUCUUGUUUUCUUUUCCCAUUGUUAGCAUUACUAUCGUCUUUUUCGCAGUUGGUAGGCAUACGUGGCUUUGCAACACUAUAUAGGGAACUGCAGCAGCGUUAAAUUCUUUUUAGCAGCUCUUUUUUUUUGUCUCUGCACUCCCGCUUCCCAUUCGUCUUGUUCGUAUACUUUUUGAAACCGAUUAUUUCUUUCUUGCGUGUGUGUGUGUGUUCUCUCUCUCUUUCACUUCGCGGUGCUCGUCGAGUAGUACCGUUAUACUCGCAUUGCCCGCAUCAUCCACCCUGCGGACUGCGCAUCUAACUUCUCUUUUCCCCUGCUGUGCUUUGUUUCUUUCUCCCCUCUCUCCAUUCCUUUUCAGAGGCAUCGACUUUGCCGAACUGCCUCUGACUCUUGUUUUGUUUUGUUUUCGCUGCCCUUUUUCAGUACGUUCCAAAUAGCAGACACAGGCAGAGAACAUCCAUGCGGGCCAACAGUUCUAGCGACGCCGCAAAGAAGGAGCCUUCUCCCAAACAAACAACACGCGAUCCACUGCGUCUGGGGUACGACAACGACAGCGCCUCUCUGCAAAGCGUCUCACAGCAUUCAACCCCACACGUGGAAGAGCUGAAUCUGGCGGGCAGCUCCUCAUCGGCUGCGCACAAGGCUGUCCGUUCGUCGCACGUGACGCUCCAGUCCCACUAUGGUGAGCAGCCGCUUCGUACGCAGCAUAUAUCAGGAGAGCCGAAUGCCAGCAUGCACUGCUCUAGCAAUCCGACCACGCAUCCCAAUAAGCCGCAGGGUUAUCGUUCGCAGAUGCGCCGCUCCUCCAGCGGUGCGCUGACCCCAAUUCCAAUGGAAAAGUCAAAAGCACCGAACAGCAUGCACGCCCCGCGUCCGUUCGAUGCGCAGCUGCUCAGCUCCCCGUGGCCCGGCGGCUAUCAGCUACCGACAACGCAGCCGCUGCCCUCGCCGACACGCGCUGGCGGCGGGGCCGGAGUAGCCACCUCCUCCUAUUGGAAUGUACCCUCCAGUCCAACGCCCUACCCGUGCGAUUCCCCCACCGCGCACGGCAACGGCGUUCGUUAUGUGUCCCUUUCUGUGCAGUCUCUCCUUCAGCAGCAGCAGCACCAGCACCAGCAGCUGAACGGCAACGAAGACAGCUCCCCCAUGCAGCUGAGCAUUUCCACGCUGGGCCGCGAAAGCAGCCUUAUCGGUGGCAGCGCCUCCGCCUUUGCUUCGCCCGGUGCGACGGGCAUGGUGCACUCCGCCAUCCUCGACGCCCCGCUGCAGGUUUCCCUGGUGCCACCACCCUACCACAGCGACCACCCAUACUUCAGCUUUGGCGAUUCCAUCACGCAGUCGAACGUCUUCACCCAGAGCACGCAGACCUCGAUGUCGUGCGGACACUCCAUUUACCAAGACACGAUGCUGGAACUGUCUCAGCACACACAGGGGCUGGCCCACCUGUACUCCGUUCUCAACGCUGAAAGCACGCGCCCUGCGGCACGCGAGUGCACGCCGACAAGUCUCGCUGACGCAGCCACGUUGUCCGUGAGCACUACACCGCUUACGGUGGAAGUCGCUGGGCAACCGCACCAGACCCCCCAACGGUUGAUGAGCAGGGCCUUCUCUGGUCCCGGCAGCGGUGCCAUCGACCCACCCAAAUUACCGGACGGCACACUGAGGGAUUGGUGGAGGCUCGAGCAGACGUCCCCGACGAGUCCGCCGCUGCAAGAGCCGCUGACGGCACGCCCUAACGAACAGUCGGAUGAGGAGAGUGAUGGCCGCCGAGUGGUGCAGAAGCACGGUCCGCCACAAGAGGAGGAAGGCGACUUGGUUGACGACUCGCGCUGCAGCGACACCCCUGAAGGACUGCCGUCUACCUACGCCGAAAGCACCGCCGUCCCGCCCCACAACGGCGUCCCACACGAAGGUGCGCAGCAGCAGCAGCAGCAGCAAGACGACGAACGGAGUGGUAUGAAGCGCCUGCACGAUACAAGCAUCAACCUCACCGAGUCAAUCGACGUGAACAGCACAGAACCGCACAACGCUGCCGCGGAAUUGCUGUCCCGUACCAACUUCGCUUCCAAUGAGAUGCACUCCAAAGCAACAACCGCAGCGGCAGCGACGACGAGCGCGGCGCCUUGGGAGCGCAAGAAUGCGGGCGGAGGCCUGCAAAUGGCAACGCCGCUGAACACCUACUCGCGGCGGCAGAGAGCGCAGCCCAACAUGCCGGCGGUUGCCCUGCACACGGUGGAUGGUACGCUGGGGGUGACUGAUGCUCACGUUUUUUUGCCGUCUCCGGUCGACCAGGGCGCGCAGGGCUUUGCACCUCUGCGCGACGGCUUGACACGUCGCAGCCCGUCGGAGCACAGCACAUCAAUGCUGAGUCCCGUGCCAAAUAUUGGUGUCUGCCAGGCCUCAUCCAUGCUCUUCUCAGCGUGGCAGUCCGCAGGGGCGUCGCCGUUGACCGCGCCCACCUUCGUGGCGGCUCUCAGCGACUUUCACGAGGUGCUGCGUCUGCUGCGGAGCGACAUCGCGAACGUGGACAGCCGCGUGUCCAUGAACGAGCAUACGGUGCGGCACUGGAUCGGCUGCACCUUGAGCGCCCUGUUGCAUCUAACGGUGGAAAUUUCGCAUAGCGUCCCUCUCUCUGCGGUGGAGGAGGUAACUGAAAACGAGGCGAAGCCGGAGCAGGGACUCACCUACACGCAGUUACACGCGGAUGUUUUAUCGGGGGUGGCGAGCUGCGUGGAAACACUCCGCAACACCAUUCCCGCCAUCCAGCAUGACCGUAAUAUUGUGGAGCCUCUGCUGCUGACCAGUAUGCUCGCCCGUGGGGCGAUCAUCUCUCUCCUGUGCAGUCUCGAAAAGACCUACAACCGAAGCGAGAGUCAGUUUGCAGCCACGAAUGGCGUCGUCGCCUCAAGGCCGAUGGAGGUGCACGACGCUGGAGCAGCCGCGCCAAUAGUAUUGACCACAACGAACCCCAUAACUGCCGUCCCUGCAAACCGUCGGGAUGCCUCGGUGGUGGUGCACGUCCCCGCGCCGCUCACGACAGAGCGCAUUGACGAGAUUAUGAACAGCGACCUCCUUGCCCAGGAGCUGGGCUGCAAGUGGCUCCAGCUCACCUCCAAGUACAACCGCAACCUGCUGCGCUACCUUUUUUUGCGUGUGCUACACGCUCAGCUGCGUUGCGCGGACGGCAGUAAGGGCAGCGGUGAAGCUCAUUCCACUGACGACGGGAAUACGCAUCGUAGCAGCUCAGCAUCCAGCGUGCAUGACAGCACGGCGGCCACGUUGCGCACGAUCGAGUCGGCGUGGACGGACGAUCAGCUGAAGCAAUGGAGCUUCCUCUUUCAGCGUAGUACGUCCCAAGUAGGUCACAAGGGUGACGUCACAGGCGACGACAUCACGCACGCAGACGAAGCCGGUACGCGACUCUUCCGCGAGGUCUUUUGUCCGCACCUCCCCUCGUACAAAGUGGUGACAGAGACGUUCUCGUCGUUUCGCGGUGGCGAGUGCUGGCGCCGCUGGUACGUGCUCCUCGGUCAAAUGAUGGAGUGCACCUUCCACGUGCAGGACAAGACGGAUCUGUUCGACUACGUUGCCAGGCAGUUCACCGACGCGCCAGAUCCGUACGCCCGCGCCGCCUUGCGUGCCGUCAGCGUGGGUCAGAUCACGCUCCAGCAGGUUGAGGAGUCGUUGGAGUCGGUGAAGGCCGCGUUGAUUUCAGCGGAGGAGGAAGGCAAGGCAAGGCGAGUCACCAUCUUGCAGCUCCUCCUGCGACGCAUCUUUGUGGUUGGUGUGGUGGCCUCCGUGCACCGCACACUUGGCAAAGACGCGGUGGUGUCCGACGCUCAACUGGCCGCCUACGUCCAGGUGCAGCGUAAAUCGUUGGAGGAGGUUGAGGCGCAACUGACCGCCGAGCACACGGAUGGCGCGACAUACAUCAAGUACAUCACAGACUUUUUGUCGCGCUUUGCGAGUGUCUCGCGGGUGACAUCCAGAGCAAGUGUGACAGCGCUCGACGGCACAAGCGAGGGACGCCUCUGCGACAGCGCCGCCACUACACCGUUGCCGUCUCGCGAUCCGCAGUGGAACAUUUUUACGGUGGGACCGCUUGCGCCUCUCCUGGCCGGCACGCGCUCCCGCAACGACGACGCAAACGACUUCGGCCGCAAUGAAAGCGCGGAAGCGCCGGCGACGACGACACGCGAUGCCCUCGCCCUCGUGCGCGACGUUAGCGCACGAAUUAUGGAUACUAUUAGCACUCUGUGUGUCCUUUUGCAGUCGGACGUGGACGUGCCGGAGGCAAAGCGGCAUUACCGCGUUGACCCAACCAAGAUACCGACUCAGUCGACGCGUGCGCUGCGUCGCCUACAAGCUUCGCUGAUAGAGACGCACCGCGCGACGAUGGUGUGUCUGGCUUGCUUGCACCUGGAUUGA